UUUAGUUCGAUUUCAUAGAUUGAUGGCAAAACAUUAUGGCAAACAAUAUUAUCACUAAUAAUAAUAUAACGGACAAUACAAUCAUUAUUGAUUCGCUGUCCACAUCACAAAAUUCGACCAAUAGUUUGCCAUUUUAUCAAAAUGAUAUUGGUGAUAAUCAACAAUAUAAUUUCGAUAAUGAUUUUUCUGUCAACAUAAAUGAUACAUCAUUUACGAUGAACGACCAUAUUAUUCGAAAUCAACAAACGGUGAUGACAUUCGAAUGGCUUCAUCAUACAUUUCAAUUUCGACCAGGUGUUUCAAUUUCACGAUCAUUAAUCUAUGAAACUUAUCUUAUAUUUUGUCAACAACAUAAUUUCAUACCCGUUUGUAAAGCAACAUUUGGAAAAUUGGUUCGUAAUCGAUUUCCUGGUGUUAAAUCAAAACGUUUAGGAGCUCGUGGUCAAAGUAAAUAUCAUUACUAUAAUAUUAAUUUCAAAGAAAAUUCGAAAAUCAAUGGAACAUUGUUGAAUUCGAAUGAAAACAGUAAAACAUACACCGAAUCAGCACCCAGUUUUGCCUGCAAUAAUAAAUCAUCAUCAAAACCAUUGACAAUAUUAUCCCAAAGUGAAUCGAAAAGAAAUUCCCAUGGAAAUGAUCACCAUUUCAUUAUACAAUUAAUGCUUUCAUUUAUGCGAUUACCACAAGAUCAACUUUACAAUAAUGAUGAAUUUAUCUUUACAAAUUUAUAUAAAACCCAUUGUCAAUGUCUGCUUGAUGCUGCAUUAUGUGAAAAUUAUGGCCAGAUGAGGCAUUAUAUAAUGCAUUUUUGGCAACAAUUGCCACCAAACAUAGUGAUCUAUGUAAAUAUAAUGAAAUCAUUGGAUUCAUAUAUGUAUUCAUUACUAUGUCAGGUUUAUUUAUCGCCAAAUUCGAGUGAUGAAAAUUUAAAACACAUCAAUACAAUCGGUUAUGUUAUGUAUGUUUGGAUGCGAAAUAUUUUCAAUAAUAAUUGGAAUAUUAAAUGGAAAUUGAAUUCAAAUCGAACUGAAUUUGACGAUUUAAAUACGAUCAAAAUACAAGAUGCAUUGAAAUGGCAUUUUAAAAUCAAAUUCGUUGUCAAUUUUAUUGCUUCACUAAAAAAAUUAGAUUUCACCUUAUUACCGGAUUCAUUGGAUCAUUUAGCAGAGAAAAUGAUUGAAACAAAUUUGAUUGAACAAAAUUAUUAUUUAUUCGAUAAAAAAGAUUGCCAACAAAUCAUAUCACAAUUAAUUGUUGAAGAAUUUUGUCAAUUAAAAAUGAAUCAUGAUUCGACCCAUCAGACAUCAUCAUUACUAAUCGAUCAAUUAGAUCAGAUGAUCAAACGUAUUGAAGAUCGCUAUUUUGAUCAAUGUUUUUUGAAUAAUAAAACAGAUCACCGGCAACAUGAAUUUGCCCAAAAUUUAUCCAUCGAAUUUAAUCAUCUAUUCAGUCAAAUAAAUCGAUUAGAAAUGUUUGAGCUUGAUAUUAAUUCAACAUUUAUCGACGAUGAAAAUCAAGAAUCGAUGAUCAGUGAUAUUACCACCGACGAUUCCUUUGAUGAUGAUUAUAUGGCCAAAUUAGAUGCACAAUCGUAUCUAAUUUUAAUGAUUAUCAAUGAUUACAUAUUACUGGUUUGUCAAUCGAUAAAUGGUUAAAUCAUUCAAAAUCAAUGAGUUAUUAAUAUUUUAUUUGAUGGAAAAUGUCGAUAUAAAAAUUGAAAUAAAC